AUGGAUGCAAUGGUUCAAGAAUCUGCAGAGCUUACAGAUGCUCCAUUUUUACUGAAUUUUGAUUGUUUCCCGAUCGAGUUCCCUUACGAAUUCGAUUCACCCUCUUUUUCCCCUGGUUUCACCUCUCCAGGAGACUCCACAGAGACGGAAGAUGAGAGCAGUGACGACGAAGAAGACUUCCUCGCCGGUUUGACUCGCCGACUCGCUCCUUUGACUCAGGAUUCUCGAAGCACCAAGCGGUGA